CUGUAAGUAACUUUUCUGAGCGCUUGGUUGUCAUGACUUAGGAGUCCGUCCAUUCAUGUGAGCAUCUAUUCUGUCAAUUCUCUCUCUGUCUCCCCAACGCAAUGCCUCCGUCCGUCCGACUAGGAGGGGUAGUAAGACUGCCCAGUGCGUCGCUCGUGCUCGCCGGGGGUCGUCUUUGCACGAUACUUCCAACUCUGCUUCUUCCAGUGGUCGUCAGGCCGGCCCCCACCAGCAGCAGCAGCAGCAGCAAAGGUGUCAGUAGUCACUGGGACUGGCGGCGGGAGGCCGCCACCGCCACCGCCACCGCCACCGCCAUCACCACCGCCACCGCUAUCGACAUGCCUCCCAUAGGCAUGUCGAUACGCGACCGCCCCCGUCGUCGCUCCGGGCGACUGUGACUGCGCCACCCCGGCCCCGUAUGUCGCUGCUUGCUGAUUAUACCCAGGCGGCACUGACACACACAGACACACACAGACACACACAUAGAGGGACACUGAGAGACACUGAGAUAGUGGUCGACACGUACGCGACUGAGAGGUUUGAGCGUCAUAGGUAUGUCUUGGCUCCAAGACGCUCACGUUGGGCUGCCCCCCCGCCGCGGGAUGGUGAAUUACGACGGUGACAUACGACUUGGACGGAGCGCCCUGGGUGCCGUAGUCCCACGCACCCGGACCCGCCCGCGGGCCGGUGUACUGGUGCGUGUGGGGGUGGGGAAGAGGAGGAGGAGGAGGAGGAGGAGGUGGCGGCUGUGGCUGUGGCUCCACAUGCACACCAUAGGCCGCCGGCUGGGGUGGGGGUGGGGGUGGGGGUUGGGGUGCUGGUUCGGGUGCGGGUGCGGGAGGCUGCGGAUGGACCACCUGCUGUGGCUGUGGUUGUAUCUGUGGCUGCGACUCGUAGGUGUAAUGGUAUUGGGUCUGCAGCUGUGGCUGUGGCUGUGGCUGUGGGGCAGGUUGAGAGGGGCAGCCGAACCUGAUCUUCCAGGUGCUGACGUUGUUUUCGUCGUACAGCCACCACUGGUCCUUCUUGGCACAGUGGCCGCUGGCCGACGCCUUGUCCUUCCAAAACAAUGCGCCGCCCCGCUUCCUCGACACCGCCGGGUAGCCUUGGAGGUCGGAGGCGUCCCGACGCUGGAUGUCUCGGUUGUUGGCCUUGGUCGCCUCCUGGCACUGCGUAAUAUAAUGGGAACCUUCUGGCAUGCACUGCCCGGUGCCGCAGCAGCAGAGGGGCCGCUUGUCGGUGCAGUCGUCGCCCUUCCGGCAGUAGCAGUCGCCCUUCUCCUCGGCAAGGCUGUACUUGGCGGGGCGGUGGCACUGGUGCGGCCACUUGCACUCGCCUUCGCACCCCUGGUUGACAUCGAAGGCGUCGCAGCAGCAGGACUUGACGUGGGCGCACUGCUUCUUGAGACGGCAGAGCCUCGUGUCAGACUCUGAGCCGAAAAGGCGUGACGCCACGGAAAUGGUCACUGUCUGGUUGGCCGCCGAUCCACUGCAGACGUAGACGGCCAGAGUCAGAAGCAGAAAUGCUCCCAGUGAGAAGGAGAAGCCGUCAGUGACUCGCCGAGACGCUGGCCGAGACGGCCUUCUGCAAUGGUGUGACGCCCCGGGGCGUGCUGAAGGGGCCGUGGGGAUGGGGGGGCUGAUUGGAUUGGCCGUGGGUGGAAAAUGGUCAGCGCUCAUGGCUGGCAGGGUUUCUUAUGAUCAGUCGAACGGAAGAUGCGGCGAAUCGGGAUGGGGGAUACUGG